AUGGGUGCCGUCAACUACCGAGAUGGCAUUGCCAUCCUCCAGCUCAUUCUCUAUCCCGUGCUUCUUAUUACUGCUGUCUUCAUCUGGAGACGGGUUGGCUGGAGAGCUGGCGGAAAGUGCUGGCGAUUUGUCGUCACACUCUCUCUCCUCCGGAUUGCCGGCAGUAUCUGUACUUUGUUGUCAAUCAAUAAUGACUCUAUGAACAUCAUUAUCGCGGAGGAUGUGUGCGCGUUAAUUGGAAUUGCACCCCUGCUACUGACCUAUGUCGGCCUGAUCGGGCAAAUCGACGCGGAAACCCGAAAGAUCAAUCCCCGGCAUCUCAAAUUCCUAUACCUCUUGGGUUUCCUUGGCCUCAUCCUCGGUAUCGUGGGAGUCAGCAUCAUGAAAGACAAAGGACCCUUCAGGGCAAACGGCGAAGUUAAGGCGGCUAUGGGCAUUUUCAUCGCCCUGUUCGUUGUCAUUACCUUGGCGACUGGUUGGCUAGCUUCCCAGCUUGGGUCCGCAAUGAGCGUGUGGCAAAAGAAACUGCUCCUUGCCAUCGGUCUUUCUUGGCCCUUCCUUUUGAUCCGGCUGAUCUACUCGGCCAUGGGCGAUUUCAGCACAGACACCCGUUUUACCGUUCUGUCGCCCAAGGCGAGCAAUACUAACGUCACCAUCUACUUGUGUAUGUCUGUGCUGGAGGAGCUUGUCGCCAUGGGCUUCUGUGUGAUCUUCGGAAUGUCGUCUGAGAAUCAAAAAGAACGCAAGCUUGGUUCUGAGACGAACUUUGGCCUAGAAACUGCGAAUGUAUAG